AUGAUAAUUGCUUUGAUUUCAAACAAACAACUUUGUGCGUUGUUAUUGACAGUUGCUGUGGCACUAGUUCUCUUUGGUGCUUCUUCACCAUCGCACGCUAUUUCACUCAACAUUCGAGAAAAUAUUUCAAAAUUAACGAAACAACAACAUCUGCCACAUGUCAAGACACCCAUGCGUGAUAUUCUUUCUUGCAGUGAUAAUGAAACUCUUUCACUAUCCUCGGAUGCGUAUCAAUUCCCUAAUCAUCAUCCCAACAACAUUCUUGAAGCGUACUAUCAUGAAUGGUGGUUCUUUGCCUUCUUUGAUCCCGUUCAAGAUAUUGGCUUUUGUGUGGGUUAUGGUGUUCAAAAUCAAUUACAUGCCUGGGAUCAUAAUGCAUUAGCAAGCAUGGCCGGAAUGGUAUGGCCAUACGUAUCAAAACCUCCACCAAACAAUAAUAACAAUACUCGUUCGGGAUUGUUUUCUGAAAUCAUGUCCAUUGGUAGCACGAAAUGGUGGCUCACUUAUGAGCAAACAGUUCCAGCUUGCAGAGAGGUGGUUGAAAUUCCUGAAUUGUUGCAAUUGGAUUGGAUCAGUUACAUGCCUGCUGCUAAUGUGAAAGGUAUCAUUCAAAUUGAUGGAAAGAACUACUCUAUCAAUACUGUUGGUUAUCAUGACCAUAACUAUGGAAGUUGGCCAACGAGUUAUUUCAAUUGGAUUUGGGCUCAAUUUAAUCAUGCUCCUUCUGAUUUUGCAUUGGUCGUGGGAGCUUAUACCGUUCCACUCACAAACUCACAUGUUGGAUAUGUGUUUUUGAGAUAUCGAGGAAGAAAGAUCAAGAUUGGAACAUUGUGCGCUGACAUGUUUGAAUUGACACCACUCGAAUUUGUAACAUCACCACAAGGAAAGCGUGUGAGUGUUCACAAUAAGGUUAUUUCUUAUAAUAAGGAGUGGAAAGUGGUUAUCGAUUAUAGAGCUCAAGUGAGCGAUAGAAAUCCUGGAGAUCGUGGUCUUGGACUGUUUGUGUUUGAACAAAUCUCACUGUACAAUGUAGAAUUGUAUAAUUCCAAGAAUGGUGGUGCUUGGACCCUGGUUGAAAAGAUGACAGGAUAUGGUUUUAGCGAGUGGAGUGACAGGACAUAA